UUUUACUAUUAUUUAGCAUAGUCUGAAAAUUACGAAUCAAAAUUUCAUUUUUCUCAACUAGAAACAAAUUGGUCCACAGAUCGAUCAGAGAUCGAUUGGUAGCGGGUCAGAAUUGUUAAAUGGGAACUAUAGUUAGUUCUAUGGAAAAGCCGAUGAUGUACGUUAAUAUGGAUAGCCCACAUGCACAGUUCGUUCGUGACACAAUCAACAACAACAAGGUCGUGAUCUUCAGCAAGACCUAUUGCCCCUACUGCAGCAUGGCCAAGGAGCAGUUCCGCAAGCUGAACGUGGAGAUGACCCUGGUUGAGCUGGACCUGCGCAGCGAUGCCGAUGAGAUUCAGGCGGUGCUUGGCGAGCUAACUGGUGCUCGCACAGUGCCACGCUGCUUCAUCAAUGGCAAAUUCAUUGGCGGCGGCACUGACGUGAAGCGUCUCUAUGAGAACGGCACCUUGCAGCGAUACUUCCAAUAACGCUCCAAUUGUAGAGGCCGAUAGGAGUUCGAGUUGGAGCAGCAGCAGCAGCACAACCACCAAUUGAAGUUCUGUUUGAUUUGAGUA